GAUGAAGGUUCCGAGUGUUCUCUUGUACCAUCUCCACCGAAAGUUUUAACACCCCAUGUUACCUUCACUUUCUCUAAACCGGAAAUACCUGUAACACUUUUGAAAUCUGAUGAUCAACUUAUUUCAACUGGUCCUAAUAAUAACAAUAACACAGCCAUCUUUGACCAGGAGCGUGGCGAGAAACGAAAGCUUGAUGAAAAUGGAAGUAACACGCCUACGCCCAAACAACAGAAGAAAUAUCAUGUGCAUGGGGGUCAUAUCAUGGGGGUAAAACGUGAGGUUCAAGGGGAGUAUUCGGUGGAAGACAUUAAACGCUUGAAACUGUCACCGGAAGAGGACAGUGAGACACGGUCACAUGAAAAUAUGCAUUUGCUUUCCAACAGCUUGUCUGGCACAGAAAGAGGCAAUGAUUUAAACAUCACUUAUAGUGCUGCAUCCUUUGUCUCUUCUGUGUCAUUGCCGACUUCUUCAGAUGGGAAUGCGCCUUACAAAAAUGCCAAAACUGAAAACGCUGAUAAAAAUAACAUAUCUGAAAACGAGGCAACUUCCUGUCCAUCACGCUGCCAGUGCAACGCUAUUGUGAGCUCUUUUGUGCGAUAUCUACGAGAAGAGGCCAACUGCAAGGUUUAUGAUACGCAUGAUGCCGUUUCCCGCGAAUGCGAUCAUCCAAAAUGCGAGGCUCGGUCACAAAAAGGCAGCGAACUAACCAUGUCUGACAGUUCUUCCUCCUCCGUCGCUUCUGUGUCAUUGCCGGCCAUUUCAGUCAACAGUGUAGACCUGAGUGCGCCUGUCAACUUAAUACCGGAGCCUAUUGUGAGUACUUUUGUGCAAUAUCUACGAGAACAGGCAAAGUGCAAGGUUUUUGACGCCUUUACCCGCAAGUCUGAUAAUUUGGAAGAGUGGGUUUAUAUAUCAGUCGAGCCACAACAAACGUUCGAUAUUUUGCCAUGUUGA